AUGAAAAUCGCGAUCAUUGGUGGUGGAUUGGGAGGAUUUGCAGCUGGUAUUGGGUUAUUACAACAUGGAUACACAGAUGUUACAGUAUACGAACGAGACACAGGCAUGGACAGUAGACGUCAAGGUUAUGGGCUGACAAUUUUGCAGGGUAUUAAUGCAUUGAAACGUUUACAUGUGUUCCAGCAAGUGCACUCAUUAGAUACUCCUUCAAGAACGCACUACAUUUUUGACAAAUAUGGAAAUUUGAUUGGCUUUUUUGGAACUGUAUUUUGGCCAGAACAGGACAAUCAGCCAAAGGCUAGAAAAAAACAUAAUUUACACAUCGAAAGACAAGAAUUACGAAGAAUUAUCAUGAACAGAUAUAUUUCAUUGCAUCCACUUGGUCCUGAAGGCAUUCAAUGGGAUUAUCGUAUUAUUCACAUUGACCGCGAUUUACGCAAAGUUUUAUUCACUAAAGACCAUACAGUAACUGAUGUUGAUUUGGUGAUUGGAGCUGAUGGAAUUAAUGGUUUAGUACGUUCUUUCAAGUAUAAUCCUCUUACCGAUGCUCCACUGAAUUAUUUGGGUAUAUUAGUAGUAUUAGGAAUUACUGGACGCAUCGAUCAUUUCCUUACAAAAGAUCGUGUAUUCCAAACAAUGGAUGGAUGCUUCAGACUUUUUGCUAUGCCAUUUUCGAAGUUCAGACCAGAACAAUCCAUCAUGUGGCAGCUGUCAUUUCCUGCCACCGUAACCUUAGCAACUCAAUUAUCACGAGAUCCAGGUGCUUUGAAGCAAAUGCUGCUGGAAAAAUGUUCUGAUUGGCAUCCACCAAUACCUGAAAUGAUUGAACAAACACACCUAGAUCUAUUGAUGGGAAUACCAGCUUUUGACAGAGAUCUAGUUCGUAUUGCAGAUCCAAACUUAAAUGGUACUCAAAUUGCACUCGUUGGUGAUGCUGCUCAUCCAAUGUCUCCUUUCAAAGGUCAAGGUGCCAAUCAAGCCCUGUUAGAUGCUGUUGAGCUGACGGAUAUUAUCGUACAGAAUAAUCAAAAUUUGCAUUCAUCAAUCAGCCAAUAUGAAGAUCGGAUGGUACAGCGAGUUUAUACAAAGGUCAUGCAAUCCCGAGAACGUGUUACAAGUUUCCAUAGACCUGAAGCACUUUUAACAGAGAAUUUUCUAUAUCGUGGUGUUGACGAACGAUUAAUAGAAAGGCUGAAUAGCCUUAAAAUAAAUGCUCAUUGGAAUGAUCCAAAAGUAUCCAUUGAACAAGCCAUUAUUGAUAAAUUAAACGGUAAAUGA